CAAAUAUAUCCAUUGGUAUCAUGAAUCAAAAAAAAAUCUUGUUGAUGGGUCGUAGUGGCUCAGGAAAAACAUCCAUGAGAAGUAUGAUUUUUAAUAACUAUUCCGCCAAUGAGACAAGUAGAUUAGGCGCUACUUUAUAUGUUGAAAGAACUGAAGUUCGGUUUUUAAAUAAUUUAAAUCUAUCGAUUUUAGAUUGUGCAGGUCAAGACAAUUUAAUGAAGAAUAUUUUGAUGCCUGGCAACAAUCAAUUGGCGUUGUGUCAAGUUUUAAUUUAUGUCUUUGAUGUCUCAAAUAUUGAAGAACCAAAAGAUUAUAUAACCUUUGUUGAUGUUAUAAAAAGAUUAAAUCAAACUUCCCCCUCAUGUAAAUUUUUUAUUUUAUUUCAUAAAUGGGAUUUGGUCAUGGAACAUGAAAAAGAGACUGCAAAAUCAAACAUUAUAUCCGCUUUGAUUAAAUCUGGUGAAGAGAUUAAAUUUCAUGAAUUGUAUUUGAAUGGUACUGUUAAGAUCUUUACAACCACAAUUUGGAAUGAGACUCUAUAUUUAGCCUGGUCAAGAGUUGUUGAAGAAUUAGUUCCAAAGGCAAAUAUAAUGAAAAAUUACUUGAAAAAAAUUUCAAGAGUUUUAAAUGCAAAAGAGUUGAUUAUCUUUGAAAGAAAAUCUUUUUUAUCAAUUGUUUCUUAUUCAAAUAUGUUUGAUCAAGAUAAUUUUUAUAACUUUAAUUCUGAUAGAAAUGAUGGCUAUUCUCAUUACGGUGUUACAGCUGAUAGAAGUCAAAAGAUUUCCUCCAUAAUAAAGACUUUUAGAAAAUCAGCCUCUUAUUAUAAUGGUGGAAAAUUUCAAAAAUUAACUUUGCACUCAAGAUCCUCAAUAAUUUAUCUUGAUGAAUUGACAGAUACAAUGGCAAUAAUGUUAGUUUUACCUAACGCAAUGCUUAAUGAAUCCCCAAUAAAUCAACAAAACAUUAAUAACGGUAAUAGUGGCAAUUAUUUACAAAAUAACCAAAAUGUCUCAUCCUCAACUAAUGCAAAUGAAAAUAACUCUAUGAACUAUAAUUAUUUAAAUUCCAACACAAGUGUUAAAAAUAGUUUUGAAGAUUCAUUUAUUGGAAGCGUUAUAAAAACCGCCAGAGAUUAUUUUCAAAACAUCGAUUUUGGUUCAAACUAAGAUUGAUAUUUAUUUGGUUAAUCAUGAUACAAUUUAAAUUGAACUCAAUCAGC